GGGCGCGGGAGGCGGCGGAGCGCGCUGGUGCUGAUGCAGGAUGGCUGAGCACGCAGCAGCCCGGGAGGUCUGAGCCCGGCGAGGCUUGGUCCCUGCGCAUCGCCUCGUCCGCGGCCGUGUGGUCGCGGGCAGGUGGGCCGGGGGCACAGUGCAGGGCCAGGGGAGGGCCAGGGACGGCAGGUCUGCAGCCAGCCUGGCGGGAGGCUGGUAGACUGCCCACCUAUCCGGUCGCGGGGCGGCCGGAGCUGCCCAGCCCGCCGAGUUCGCGAUGACCUGCUGAGAAGCCUCGUCGGAGGCUGCAGGAGGCGGCCUCGCUGCGGGCGGUGCGGUUAGCGGCCUGCUGCCUCGUGGUGCCGAGCCCCGGGCCCCCACCCAUCCCCGCGCCCCCUCCCUGCCCCCGGCCGAGAUGGCGGAUCCAGCCGAAUGCAGCAUCAAAGUGAUGUGCCGGUUCCGGCCCCUCAACGAAGCGGAGAUCCUCCGAGGAGACAAAUUCAUCCCCAAAUUUAAAGGCGAUGAGACCGUGGUGAUCGGGCAAGGAAAGCCAUAUGUCUUCGACACAGUGCUGCCUCCCAGCACGACCCAAGAGCAGGUUUACAAUGCCUGUGCAAAGCAAAUUGUCAAAGAUGUCCUUGAAGGUUAUAAUGGGACGAUUUUUGCCUAUGGACAGACUUCAUCGGGAAAAACGCACACCAUGGAGGGGAAGCUACAUGACCCUCAGCUCAUGGGAAUCAUCCCAAGGAUCGCGCACGACAUCUUUGACCACAUCUAUUCCAUGGACGAGAACCUGGAGUUUCACAUCAAGGUUUCCUAUUUUGAGAUCUACUUGGACAAAAUCAGGGACUUACUCGAUGUAUCCAAGACAAACUUGGCUGUUCAUGAAGAUAAAAACAGAGUCCCGUAUGUAAAGGGAUGCACCGAGCGGUUUGUGUCAAGCCCUGAGGAAGUCAUGGAUGUGAUAGACGAAGGCAAAGCAAACCGACAUGUGGCUGUGACAAACAUGAAUGAACACAGCUCUAGAAGUCACAGUAUUUUCCUGAUUAAUAUUAAACAAGAGAAUGUAGAGACUGAAAAAAAACUCAGUGGGAAGCUUUAUCUAGUUGAUUUGGCUGGGAGCGAAAAGGUCAGCAAAACUGGUGCCGAGGGAGCUGUCCUUGACGAAGCUAAAAACAUCAAUAAGUCUUUGUCUGCUCUUGGAAAUGUGAUCUCUGCCUUGGCAGAAGGGACAAAAACACACGUGCCGUAUCGGGACAGCAAGAUGACGCGGAUCCUUCAGGAUUCUCUGGGUGGGAACUGUAGAACCACCAUUGUUAUUUGCUGUUCUCCCUCCGUCUUCAAUGAGGCUGAGACCAAGUCAACGCUGAUGUUUGGGCAAAGGGCUAAGACCAUCAAGAAUACAGUCUCUGUGAACCUGGAACUGACAGCAGAAGAAUGGAAGAAGAAAUAUGAAAAAGAGAAAGAGAAAAACAAGACUUUGAAGAAUGUUAUCCAGCAUCUGGAGAUGGAGCUAAACAGGUGGAGAAAUGGAGAAGCUGUGCCUGAGGAUGAACAGAUCAGUGCUAAGGACCAGAAGCCCCUGGAGCCCUGUGACAACACCCCCAUCAUAGACAAUAUUGCUCCUGUUGCCACUGGCAUCUCUGCAGAGGAGAAGGAGAAGUACGAUGAGGAGAUCUCCAGCCUCUACAGACAACUGGAUGAUAAGGAUGAUGAAAUUAACCAGCAGAGCCAGCUGGCUGAAAAGCUGAAGCAACAGAUGUUGGAUCAGGAUGAGCUUUUAGCUUCCACAAGAAGAGACUAUGAGAAGAUCCAGGAGGAGCUAACACGUCUCCAGAUUGAAAAUGAAGCAGCCAAAGAUGAGGUGAAAGAGGUUCUCCAGGCCCUAGAGGAGCUGGCUGUCAAUUACGACCAGAAGUCCCAGGAAGUCGAGGACAAGACCAGGGCCAAUGAGCAGCUGACAGAUGAGCUGGCCCAGAAAACGACUACACUGACGACCACACAGAGAGAACUGAGCCAGCUACAAGAGCUUAGCAACCAUCAGAAAAAGAGGGCUACUGAGAUCCUGAAUUUGCUGUUGAAGGAUCUUGGGGAGAUAGGUGGAAUUAUUGGCACCAAUGAUGUGAAGACUUUGGCAGAUGUGAAUGGAGUCAUUGAAGAAGAAUUCACCAUGGCCCGUUUGUACAUCAGCAAGAUGAAGUCGGAGGUCAAGUCCCUGGUGAACCGCAGCAAGCAGCUGGAGAGUGCGCAGAUGGACUCCAACAGGAAGAUGAAUGCCAGCGAGCGGGAGCUGGCAGCCUGCCAGCUGCUCAUCUCCCAGCAUGAAGCCAAGAUCAAGUCCCUGACGGACUACAUGCAGAACAUGGAGCAGAAGCGGAGGCAGCUGGAAGAGUCCCAAGACUCGCUUAGUGAAGAGCUGGCUAAGCUCCGAGCCCAAGAAAAAAUGCACGAAGUCAGCUUCCAGGAUAAGGAGAAGGAACACCUGACCCGGCUGCAGGACGCUGAGGAGAUGAAGAAGGCGCUGGAGCAACAGAUGGAGAGUCACCGGGAAGCUCACCAGAAGCAGCUGUCCAGACUUCGAGAUGAAAUUGAGGAGAAGCAGAAAAUCAUUGACGAGAUUCGGGAUUUGAAUCAGAAGCUGCAACUGGAACAGGAGAAGCUCAGUUCUGAUUAUAAUAAGCUGAAAAUAGAGGACCAGGAGAGAGAAAUGAAACUGGAAAAGCUCCUGUUGCUCAAUGACAAAAGGGAACAAGCCAGAGAGGACCUAAAGGGGCUGGAGGAAACAGUGUCUCGAGAAUUGCAGACUCUACAUAAUCUCCGUAAACUAUUUGUCCAGGACCUGACUGCCCGAGUUAAAAAAAGUGUGGAGCUGGACAGCGAUGAUGGAGGGGGCAGUGCUGCCCAGAAGCAGAAAAUUUCCUUCCUGGAGAAUAACCUGGAGCAGCUCACUAAGGUUCACAAACAGCUGGUCCGGGACAACGCAGACCUGCGCUGUGAGCUGCCCAAGCUGGAGAAGCGGCUGCGCGCCACGGCAGAGCGCGUCAAGGCCCUGGAGAGCGCGCUGAAGGAGGCCAAGGAGAACGCCAUGCGGGACCGCAAGCGCUACCAGCAGGAGGUGGAUCGCAUCAAGGAGGCCGUGCGGGCCAAGAACAUGGCCAGGAGGGCCCACUCGGCCCAGAUCGCCAAGCCCAUCCGCCCUGGACACUACCCGGCAUCAUCUCCAACAGCCGUCCACGCCGUGCGAGGGGGAGGAGGUGGCUCUUCAAACUCCACUCACUACCAGAAAUGAAUAUGAAAUCUGACUCCACGUAGCAUGUCAAGGACUACAUUUAUCACCAGUUCCUUUAUUUUUUUCCCCCUCCUACACAAUUUGCAUUUUCUUUUACACUUGCUUACCCUAGCCAUCUGCAGUACGUGAGUUUCAGAUACUGGGGCUGUGUAGAAUUGCUGUGCGUACAGAUGUGUGCUUGGACUUUUUCUCUUCCUGAGACAUCUGAAGGGGACAAUUACAGAAGAUCCACAGACCCCUGGGAACCAGGGCCACGGCUUCAGCCUUGGGUGCCUGUGGUCUCUGGCAUCUCUGGAGCCUCCUCUUACUGUAGCACGUUGUCCCAGCAAAUGCCCUAACGUGCCAUUCCCUGGAGGGAACAACCAAGUGCCGUGCAGGCGGUGGUCGUGCUUUGCCGCAACUGUCUGGUUUCCUGUAAAAUAAACACAUUACUUUAUAUUUUUAGGGAACAAAACAAGUGCUGCUAUAGGGUUCAAAAUUUUCAUUCUGAACACUUUUCCAAAACAAAUUACCCCAAAGAAGCAUUUUGAAUACCCUAGUCACAUCUUUGGAUCUGUAAAAUACACCUUUUAAGUAUGGCACCGUUAAAAUGCAAAGCAAAUUUCUUCAAGGCAGAAAAAACAAUCUGACAGUAGCAAUGUAGAAUUUGUUCAUUCAAACACAUCUAUGUAAAUGUGGGAAGUCAUAAAAUUUGCCUCUGAGCUGCUUGCUGUUGAACCUGUGGCAGCUAGUCUCAGCCAGCCCAGUCUGAAUAUCAUUCUUUCUGAAGUGUUGAAAACGCUGCAGAGCUGGGUGAGUGGAAAUGGGGCUGCUCCGUCCUCACUUCCUUCUCACUGAACCUACUGGAGCUUGUGCUGGCAUGGCUUCUUUCUUUAGGGUACCAUCUUAAGCCUUGUGGGGGGUAUUGCUGGCGACAACGGUUGUAAAAGGAAGUCCUGGGGAGAAAGUAAUUGGCAAAUUUUUGUGCCUGUGACUAAGUUGCCAUGAAUGAGUUAUUUUAACCCAUCAUCGCUGACCAGUUCUAUCUUUGGCAUCAAGUAGAUAGGUUAUAUCUUAGAAUUAGAAGUUACAAGUAUGGUUGGAUUUUUUUACAUUUACUGCUUGAUUCAGAUAUAUGAAUCAACUCUUAAACUUCCAGCUGUGCAUAUUAAAAUGAUCAAUUUCCAAGUAGUAAAGUUUCCGGGGAAACGGAUGAAGAUUCAGUUAAGUUGGUCUUGUGUGCUACUUGUUUUGGCAUAUUUGAGGGUAGUUAGUAACAGUGAAACGGAUCUCAGUGAGGGCACCCAUCCUAUCCCUGUGCCUGCUCACGUGAGUGAGCUGGCACCGUCCCCGCUGCGGUCACCACUGGAAGGAAAUGUGUGCUUGGGGAGACACAGAUUUCUUACUUCGUGUGGGUUGAAGGGUGUGCGCGGGUGUGUGUGGAGAGCACCAAGGACUGUGAAUUGACUUCCAGACUCCUCCUGUAUAAAAUUUCCCUAACAAAGCAAAGCUGCUUUGACUUAAUUUAUUUGUUCAAUGUUGCACUUUCUGUGUGUUUUGUUUUUGUGGGGGAGUAAGGAGAGGGAAGAGGACAAAUUCUGCUGAAGUGUUUAUCUCAUCAAGAUGGCAGUUUUGCAUUCAUUUACAUUCUAAAAAUUCUUCCAUUUGAUUUUCUUACGUUGUUGUCAGUACUUGCCCGAUAGAACUGCGUGAUCACCAUUUCCAUUCUGAUAAAAGGGCCCUUCUUGGGCAGGUUCUGCAAACUUUAUCAGGUGAAAAUAUACAGCAUAGAUUAUAACCUUGUUAAUAUGUUUGCCUCUGAUUUUAGAAGCCAGAACAUUGGUCAUUGAGAGGAUGGUCAAUAAUUGUCACACCACUACCGUCUAUUAUGUAGCUGUAUGACUUUAUGGUUAGAAAUUGAACAAAGGUCAGGAAUUCCUUUUUUGGACUCGCUUGUUAAUAGAUUAUUUUACAUUCUUUCCAAAGUAAUUUUUCCAUGGGUACCCCUUUUCUACUUCUAAAGGAUUGCUUGGCCCUUUGAUGUUUCAAAAGAAACAUUCACUUGUAGGUCCAUAUUUCUUGAUCUCCACAAGGGACUCAGAAAAUUCACUUCACUUUGAUUCACAGAGAAAGUUGGCUUUGAUGUCUCUUAAAGAUAAUUCUGCUAGUUGCUGAUCAGCCAGUCAGUUCAGCUAGCUUCAAUCUUUAUAGGACCUCUAAACUAAUUUUCCUACACUGUGGCUAGAAGGUGGGUAUGUUCUUGGAAUGGGUUAUACGGUAGACUCAACAGACCCCUAAAUAUUACUUGGUAAUAAGCUAAUAUCAGAACCAUAUCCUCUGUUGGCUACUUUUUUUAAAAGCCACAUUUAUGCAAUUUUUAUUUUUUAGACUUGCUCCUUUACAUUUGUACCCUAAAUAUAUAAAAACUACACUUCUGAAUGGCUGAGUCUGUAAUUAUACCUUUGGUUGUAUGCUGCUUUUUGCCUGUGUGUGUGUGUGUGUGUGUGUGUGUGUGUGUGUGUGUGUUUCUCCUCUAGGAAUAAAUUUAUAUUUCAUACUACUUCUUGAAAGUUUACUCUUUGAUGCUAGAAAGGAAUAGCCAGAUGGUUUAUACAAAUAAUCUCUACCUGUAGGAUGGUGGAUGGUUAAGAGUAAUGUUGUUUGGGAUUAUCACGAUUUAUCGUUGGAUUCAUAUUACCAUUUGCAUUUCUGUGAUAUAGUAUAUUCCUUCAUUGGCUGUAUUAUCAACUCAUAAAGUGCUUUUAAAACUUUCCAAGAAGAAAUUUAUGGUUGGAGAUUAAACUAUAUUAAUGCCAAAUAUGUUUUGACCAAUUUCUAGAAAAUUCUGUACAAGUGCAUCAUCUCUUCAAAUGCUGUACAGUUUGCUUUGUUGAAUGGCAGGCAGUAGGAAGAACAGUAAGUGUGGAUUGAGACUUUUAAAGGAAAUAGUAUAUGAUUAAGACAACUAGAAUUCAUAGAAUAUUGGGAUAAAUGAAGAAAUAAAAAUGUUUGUCUAGAAUGUAGCAUAUAGUGAAUUUUUGAAGCCCUAACUUUACAUGAGGAAGUGAUAUUCCAGUCCAAAGCCAGCCCAAGCCAUCACCAAGACUCGGGGGAUUAUCUGCUCCCCUCCCUACAGAAAUAAGCAAAUAAGAGCUCUUAACUGUUCCUUCUUUGAAGUUCUGUUCGUUUGUUUUUAAAGCAGGGCAGAAGACAUUUAGAUUCUGGCUAUUGGACAUAUUGGGGAAGUUUUUCAUUGGCUGAGGGCAAGAGGUAGAGGACAGGGAGGGUGUCACUUCACUGUCUUGCAGUGAGUAUCUUGAGCAAGCUAAAGGGACCACCGCAGUCUCCAGUGGCUUCAUCAAACGCUAACGAUUUAGACUUGUUAAAGGAACUGAGUCAGGGCCAGGUAUCUGCUGAAGGCAGCACUGCUCCAUGAAGUCUGCUGACCCAUUUACAAAUUGUGUAUCGGUUUUAAAUACUUUUCGUUCUGUGCAGAUAUAAGGGGACUAGGGCAUUCUGUAGAAUUAUACAUGUCUAGUUUGUAAAGUAUGUAAUGUGUACUGCAGAUGUGUGUUCUCCAGCUUUACGUAUCUGUACAGUAGUUAUCAUUUUAAAAAAUCUGUGGACAAGCUUGUUUUGGUGGUCUGAGGGGGAGAAUGGCAUUUAUAUCAAGUGAUGAUGCUGUAAUAUAGUAUAUGUAACAAAAGAUCUGGAAGGAACCCUCCCCUGGCCCGAGGAAAAUUUUGGUUAUCUUCUAGGUUCUAAAAUGAAGAUGUAUGGAUACUCUGGCAGACUGCAUGUUGUAUAAUUUGAAAAAUACUAAAAGUGGAAAAUAAAAUUGAGUUAAACUUUG